GUGCCCCCACUGCUGCCAUGACGGUGCACCUAAGCUCUCUGCCUUUGCCACAGAAGCAAAGUGAUACGGAGCCUCAGGAUGAGUACAACGAUGACAUCGAUGAGCAUCGCUUCUCUCCUGAGGAAACGUUGAUCAUCUUCGAUUGGGAUGAUACCGUGAUGCCCUCCUCCUGGGUGGAGGGCCUCCGUACUGGAGAAGAUGAAAGCAGCGAAGUCUUGGUCUCGCAGGACCAGAAGGAGCAACUCGAGGAUUUGGCGAGGUUGGCCACUGAGACGUUAGGGCUGGCGCAGCAGUUGGGAACCGUGUUGCUGGUGACGAAUGCUCAGCAAGGAUGGGUUGAACUGAGCUGUCAACGAUACAUGCCGACUCUGCUUCCUGCGCUCGCUUCGGUGCGGAUCAUGUCGGCGCGAACUCGUUUCGAGACGGAACAGGUCUCUUCACCUUUUGAGUGGAAGCACCGGGCGUUCCUUUGUGAAAUCGGUCGUGUCUUUCGUGACAAGUCCAGGAGAAGAAACAUUCUCUCCUUCGGGGACAGUGGGCACGAAAGAGAAGCCUUGAUCAAAUCUACCGCCAAUAUGCACAACACAAGAACGAAAUCUGUGAAGUUUUUGGACCGCCCAGGGGUGCAUGAGCUUGGGAAGCAACAUGCGGUCAUGGUCAAGUGCCUGAAGCAGAUCGUGCAUCACGAUGGUAACCUGGACCUUUGUCUUCGGGUCAGGUCAGAUUGCACAGAGGGCUGAGCCACUGAGGCGAAGCUCGGCCCCGUUUUUUUGAGCGGGGUCGUGGAAUGGGGAAGCGACGAGCUCCUUUCUGGGCCGAAAAUUCACGGUGUCGAGUCAUUUUAUAGGAUGAUUUUUG